GAGACUUUGACAAUGAAUGUGCUGAGGACACAUGUUUACAAUGAUGGGGAGAGAGGAAGAAUGGAGCUGCACAGGAUCACUAGACACUGAGAGUUUCUGAAUGAAGUAACCAAAUUCAAGAGAUGUUUUAUAAUUCUUCAAAAGGCGCAUGGUGCUGACAGACAAGGAAGCUCCCUAAGAAAAUCACUGCAGAAGGACAACAAAGAGGCACAUUGACCUGCAAUCAGUGUCAUGGGAGAAACAUGCAAACAGAUAUCAAAUGAGUUAUCACAAAAGCUGAUAGCCUUUGUUUUCUGACUUCAUUGUACUGUAACAAGGUCGACACGCCCACUCUGUUCCUUAACAAACUAACAAACGUGGGACAAGUGAUUAAAAGAACUGACAGAACAAACACUCCCCAGGGAUGACCAGUGCACAGCUGCUGCAAAAAACCUCACCAGAAGAGUCUGUGUUCGAUGCCCAGCUUUCCCACAGGAUGGCAUCCACUGUGUCCGCUGUACCCCGCGGCGUACUCGGGCCCUCGCCGACCCCUCCAGCCGUCUGGCCUCCACUGGACUUUGCUCUUGGCGCCCUUGCCUGCUGCGCUGCCUGUGUGUUCACCAAUCCCCUGGAGGUCGUGAAGACCCGUCUGCAGCUCCAGGGAGAGCUGCGUGCGCGGGGAUCCUACCAGAGACACUACCGCGGAGUCCUGCAGGCUCUCUGGGUGGUGGGCCGCACGGAUGGGCUCCGGGGCCUGCAGAAGGGGCUCUCUGUCGGGCUGAUGUACCAGGGUGUGAUGAACGGUGUGAGGCUGGGCUCCUACUCCUACUGUGAAGCUCUGGGUAUCACCUCGUUCCACGGGGGCAGUCUGCUUUCAGGGGCCGGGGCCGGGGCGCUGGGGGCCUUCAUUGCCUCUCCUGCAUACCUGGUGAAGACCCACCUGCAGGCUCAGACUGUGGAAACCAUAGCUGUGGGCCACCAGCAUAACCAUCUGGGAGCCUCUGAUGCCUUUGUUACCAUCUAUAGAAGAGACGGUUUAAUUGGUCUCUGGAGGGGAGUGAACGGGGCUGUGCCUCGCGUCAUGGUGGGAUCAGCUGCUCAACUGGCAACCUUCACCUCAGCCAAGGAAUGGGUGUCACAUUCCCAGUGGUUUAGUCCAAACAGUUGGCUCAUAGCUUUGAUAGCCGCCAUGAUCAGUGGAGUCGCUGUGGCGAUCAGCAUGACACCGUUUGACGUCAUCAGUACGCGGCUCUACAACCAGCCAGUGGAUGAGUUUCGUAGGGGGCGUCUGUAUCAUGGAUUUUCAGAUUGUAUGCUGAAGGUGUGCCAAGCCGAGGGCCUGCUGGGGUUUUAUAAAGGCAUGGGCCCUGUCUUCCUGCGUUUGGCCCCACACACAGUCCUCAGCAUGCUGUUCUGGGAUAUGAUGAGGCAACACACGGUGAAGGACAACCAGAGCCAGGGAAGGAGCUGAAACAUCCCAAUCAUCCUGUGUAUGAUAGACUGGACUCUGGACAUCCAAUUAAAAGCAAAUGUUUGACAUUUUGGUAAAUGUGCUUGUUCGCUUUCUCGCAGACAGUAAAUUAGCUGAUUUCUCAAAAUGUGGAACUUUUGCUCUAAGUGAGACUCACUCUUUCUGACACAUGUUGAACAAACUCUAACAAACAUUUUCAGGAUUUCUUAUCAUAUUUCUCAAAUAUAUAUGCUAUUCACUUUAAUACCUCAAAAGAUGAAUUUAAAAGCAAUGGGCCUUCAUGUGUUGGCCCACAGCAAAGCUGAGAGAGAAGUGAGACCCGUGUGCUUGCAGGCAUGUCAAUGGAGUGCCGACGAGAUGAAGAAAAAGACUGGAUAACUAAAACAUAAGCUCUGUGUUGUUCAUAGCCCAGUAUGGCUGCUGUCCCAGUUUAAUACAUAAUUCUAGUUGCCUUGUAUGUUUUAGUAAAGUAAAACAUCUGAUGGGAAUGUUUUUAUUUACUGAUAUAUUGAUUUGAGGUUUUUAUGUACAGAAAUUUAACCUACGGUUACUUCAAGCCUUUGUA